GCGCGUCUCUGCAGCGGCGGCUGCAGCUGCUUCGCUCGGAGGAAGUUGCUCCGAAGCACUAAUCGGCCCAUGUGAUCGCUGCGCCCCGAGUCGGUGGUUGGCGCUGCCCAGCCCCAGGGCAGAGGAUGGGAGCCCAGCACCGGGAGCAUGUGACAAACGCGUAUUUUAACUCCACCCCCGCGGACUGGGUCGCCACUGAGCCGGACAGGGAGACCAAGGCACCAUCGGCUGCAGCCCUCCGCAAGCUCCCCUGACACAACUGCUUGCUAGGAUGGGAAGGAAACUGGAUCUUUCCAAGCUAACAGAUGAAGAGGCCAAGCACGUCUGGGAGGUGGUUCAACGGGACUUUGAUCUGCGGAAGAAAGAGGAAGAAAGAUUGGAGGAACUGAAAUGCAAGAUUGAAAAAGAGGGCACAAAGAGGGAGCUCCUGUCCAAUCAGUCCCAGCUCAACGAGACCCACUGCGUCCACUGCCUGCAGCCCUUCAAGUUCCUGGUGAACAGCAAGCGCCAGUGCUUGGACUGCCACUUCUACACCUGCAAGAACUGCAGCCGCUACAACAAAAAGGAGCAAGCCUGGAUCUGUGACCCUUGCCGCUUAUCCAGGAUUGUGAAGAUUGGCUCCCUGGAGUGGUAUUAUGAACACGUGAGAUCCCGGUUCAAGCGGUUUGGAAGUGCUAAAGUGAUGCGGUCUCUCUACGGCAGGCUACAGCAUGGGCAGAAAAUUAAUCCAACGUUGCUAGGUCUUCAUGACAGAGUUUACAGCUUGCCAGACAUCAACAGUGAGUGCCAGCUGCGUGCCGGCGGCAGGGUGCACAGUGACAGCGAUGAUGAAGAUGACCUGGUGGAUGGAGCCGAAGCUGAGCACUAUACUAGGAUGCGCAAGACAAAGCGCCUGCUGUCUGUUCAUCCCUUUGAUUUUGAACUGGACUCAGAAUAUUCCGCUCAAUCACGCCGUCAAUCUAUGCAGCUUUCUCAAACUCCGGUCAACCAGGAUGGCCACCAGUCAUUCCCGGAUUUCCCUGAUGCCGGCGAGGACACCUCCCGGAAGGAGACAAUGAUCGCUGAAGCAGACCUGGCUGCAGUGUUCCACCAGAUCCUGCAGGAGCAGGGACAACAUAUGACCCCUCCAGAGCAGGAGUUUAGCACCGAGGUCCGGCUGACAGUGAACUCACGAAGGAAGAGCCUGGAAAGGAAUCCCAAACCUGGCAGCCCAUGGAACGAGCGGCACCGACCCCAGUACUCAGCGGAUAUGGACACUUCCGAUGAGGACGUAAAGGGAGCCCAGAAGAUACCUGUCUACCAGCCCCAUCACGUGAAACGCCGAAACAGAGCCUCCUCCCAGGAGAAUAUAAACCACUCUGGAAAUCAGAUAUUUGAACUCAACAAACGCAUGUCAGCUAUUGAACGCAUGCUGAACCGUUUGGAGGAAAGAAUCCUGGUGCACUCAGAAGAGUCUCCGGCCCCCGAGUCCCACACCGAUCCUGAUGUGGAAGAGGAGGAAUUGAAGAGGAAGCUGGAGGAGUUAGCCAGCAACAUCAGCGACAAAGGAGUUUCUUCUGAGGAAGAGGAGGAAAAGGAAAAGGAUGAACCAAAACCCAAAAUGAGCUCCUCCAGCAGUGACCCACCCAGUGAUGCUCAGAAGGUCUCCACGACUGCUGGAAAGACAUCCGGGCUGGAGCAAACCCCGAGGGACCUAGCGGAACGUGCGCGGCACAGCGGGACCACAGACUCCGAGCUGUCAGAGCUGGAGGACAAAGUGGCAUCGGCGGCCGUGCAGAUGCAGCAUGCCGAGAGCGAGGUUUCCGAUAUAGAGACUCGAAUCGCAGCGCUGAGUGCUGCUGGGCUGACAGUGAAACCAGUGGAAAAGCCAAAGAAGAAAUACAGCACGCAGCUGUUUAUGCUCCAGCCUCCCCGGAACGCAGGUAGCGGCCAAGGAGAUCAAAGUACGGACUCUUCAGAGAGGGCAUCGCCAAAUGACUUCAAAGUAAUGUCUAUGCCACAGGUGUUAAGGAGAAAAUUCAACAGUUCCCUUGAAAUUGCCGACGGCGACGAAUCCUUUGAUCGAAACUCCAUUUACCGAGGCUCUUUGACACAAAGGAACCCCAACGGGAAGAACAGGAAAGCAGAUCGCAUCUUCGCGAAGCCUGUGAUGACCCAUCGACCCUGAAGAAGAUGGAGCCUCAAGACACUUCA